UGGAAAGGCAGUGCAUGUUUAUAAUACAACCGAGUCCGUUCUUGUCGCUGUUUUUUUCUUUAUUAACUUCCUGCAGCCUCGCCCGCUCCCUUUUCAAGCCGUUUACGCCCGUCUCCACUUCGUGUUUAGUUAGAUCCCCCGCUGCGCGCGGCUGUUGCCAUGGAGACAGAGUGCGCGGCUUUUCGACCCGGCUUCCCGCUCCGCUGCUUUAGCGUUCAGGUAAUACACUUAGUGGCUGCUCCUGCUACCUUGAGCUUUCUCUCAGUCCAGGUACAUGCAGCUGUUCCUGAGAAUGAAACUUCCAAAAAGAACCUACUAAAAAUUGAUGAGCUUUCACUCUAUACCAGUCCAACACCAAAAUCAAAGUAUGUAGAUGAUCAACAGACACAGCUGGAGGAUAGUAUCUGUUAUAUGCGACAUUCUUUGGAGCCAUACACAGCCUGGUUUCAGAAUGUUUAUGGCAAAGUCAUGCCCAGAGCAGAAAAAGCAGUGGAAUACAGUAAAGAGGGCUGUGAAUUUCUCAAAAACCCACCACCUGGAUUUUACCCAAGGCUUGGAGUCAUAGGUUUUGCUGGCGUAAUUGGAUUGUUCCUGUCCAGAGGUUCAAAAAUAAAGAGGUUGGUGUAUCCAAUAGGAUUCAUGGGAAUUGGUGCCUCUCUCUACUAUCCGCAACAAGCUGUUACCAUUGCCAAGGUAACUGGUUCUCAACUGUAUGACUGGAGUUUGCAAGCAUAUAUAACAAUAGAAUCUCUCUGGAAAGAAAGUACAAAAAAGAAAAGAUCUGCAAAAGCAUCCAACAAGGGUGAUGCAGACAGAGACAAGACAGUGAAAGUACAAGAAGGUUCCUCUGACUAAAGAAUAAAGUAGAAUUCACUCCUCAAAAAGGUAAGCAAAUGAAAGCUCCAGAGUCCAGAUGAUGCAGAUCAUGAAAAAAAUCGGAAUAAUUUGCUCACAUUACUCUGAGGAACCUAAAACACAUUUCUCAUGUCAUGGGUGUCAGUCUGUGAUUACAACAAAUGAUUUGUGUGUGUAUGUGUGGGGGGAUAUUUCUAAGGCAUUUUGUUGGAAGUCUUGCCAGAGCGUGUGAAACACCAGCAGCUGCAUUUGACUGUCACACCUCUGUGCUAUUCUGUCUUCUAUUGAAAAAAACAGAAUGGGAAAGAAAAGUACGUGUUUGGGAAAAUGGUGAUAGAAAAGCAAGAAAUAGAGAAUGCAAGGUGACUGUAAAUUCGACUUGCAAUUGGCUUUCCUUUUUUAUAUAUUUAGUAGCCAAUAAAAGCAGACCUGUAGUUUU